GCCAGCCACCGUCAUCUUUCUGCUCCAACCCACUUGCUUCCCUACUUUCAAGCCUACAUAAACCAGCAAGCAAACCUAGAAAUCAAGUAAUCUGCACAAAAGAUGUCAGAGCAAGCUGGCGAGGCUGUACCUGCAGCUCAAAGGAGCAGUUGGACGUCGUUUCUGAAGUCGAUCGCAUCGUUCUCAGGCGACUUGUCGUCCAUGACUGCACCACCAUUCAUCCUCUCCCCAAUAUCUCUGACAGAAUUCCCUGCUUAUUGGUGUGAACGCCCCGAAUUGUUCGCCGCUAUUGCAGAUGGUAAGGAUGAAGAGGCACGAUCUUUGGCCGCGCUCAAGUGGUUCAUCAGUACGCUCAAGGGACAGUACACGUCUCGUAACGAGUCUCUGGGAUCCGAAAAGAAGCCCUUGAACCCCGUUCUUGGAGAACUUUUCUAUGGUACCUGGCCGGCUAAUACAGCUCGUGGAGGUGAAACCACGCUAAUUGUCGAGCAGGUCUCGCACCAUCCUCCUAUCACUGCAUAUCGCAUUGUAAACAAAGCGAAAGGUCUCACACUCAUAGGACAUAGUGCCCAGAAGACUAGCUUUAGUGGGGGCAGCAUCAUAGUCAAGCAGAUUGGUCAUGCGGUGCUGACAGUGGCAUUACCCAAUGGCAAGGAGGAAGAAUACCUAAUCACGCUCCCUCGUUUGCGAAUCGACGGAUUGUGGUACGGAUCGCCUUAUAUUGAACUCGCCGAGACGAGCUAUAUUCAGAGUUCGAGCGGUUGGUUGUCAACAAUCGAAUAUAAAGGCAAAGGAUAUUUCUCGGGUAAAUCACACACAUUCAAAGCCACCGUCACACCUCCCGUGUAUAUGAGCGGAACUACGCACGUGAUUGAAGGUACAUGGCACACAACUUCAAAGGACACACGCUCGGGAGCAACUUUCCAUGAUGUGACUACACCCAAAGAGGAGGUGACCGUGAAGCCGAUACAGGAGCAGGAUGAAUGGGAGAGCAGGAAGCUUUGGUUCGGCGUCGCCAAGGGAAUCAGAGAGGGUGACUUCGAUACUGCAGCGAAGGAGAAGAGCCGGAUAGAGAAUGAGCAGAGACAGAGAAGGAAGGACGAGGUUGGUGCUGGUACGACCUGGCAGUUAAAGCACUUCCAGCACGCUGCCGAGGAUCCUAUUUAUGAACGCCUCGGCCAGCUGUUCAAGGCUAAUCCGCCCACGGAAGACACCUAUGUGUACAAGAAUAAUGGGCCGCACUGAUUUUCUUGGUUUAUUCACUUUUAUUGUCACACCAAACCUUAUCAGUCUUAAGAUCUUUUUGUGCAAUCUUUACGUCAUAAAGAUGGACGGUGGCUGUUAGACCGGAAUGAAGUAUUGAAUGCAUCUUUCCGUCUGUAGUAUCCUUUUUUCAUAUUUUUUGUCUGAGACCCUCGACGAUUGUUUCCCAUUCUUUUGUGGCUACUGUAUCUAUCGUAUAGCAUUGCUAGUAUGAUCUUGGGUGCACAAAUUUUGUUUUGAUUUUGGUGUCACAUU